UUUUGGUGUAGUAAAUCGUGAACAAUUUGCCCGUCAAGCUUCUAGGAAACGCGACGUCAUUUAUUAUAUAGUUUAAAUAAUCAAGCCAAAUAAAAUGCCAGAAAACCAGAGGAAAUCGUCUCCCGGACACUCCACAUCAUUUUUAAUUGAGGACAUAUUAUUCAGAUCAAAGAAUAACAGACCAAAUUCAGAGUUCCAGGUAACUAGUCACGAAAGAAAUAGAAAUCAUCAAUUGCCACAAAGUCAAGAAUGCUUCCCGAUGUUACCAUCAACGGUGGCUUCUGCGUAUUUAUCAUAUCCAGCACAUUAUAUGCACAAAAAUGGUAUUGCAGAACCAUUUUUUAUUUCACCCCAAGGGGUACCUUUUGGAAGUAUUUGGGGUGCCCGAUCAGACUAUGGCCAUGGUCAAUUAAGCUCUAGGCUAUGUCGUAGACGAAAAGCUCGGACUGUAUUUUCCGAUCAACAACUCACGGGACUAGAAAAAAGAUUUGAAGUACAACGAUAUUUAAGCACGCCCGAGAGGGUUGAACUGGCUACCGAACUGAGAUUGUCUGAAACACAGGUCAAAACAUGGUUUCAAAAUCGAAGAAUGAAACAUAAAAAACAAUUGAGAAAAGUUAAUGACGAUACAGCGGUUAUUGGUUCAGAAAAACCUGAAGACAACACUGCAAACAAAUCACUAACCACAGAUUAUCCUGUUGACUUUUCAUCUAAAGGAUCAGUUUGCGGUGUAUUAGAUACAGGCAUUCAGGAGUCCAAGGAUUUAGCUCGACAAAGUAGGUCGCUCAACAACGAUGAUGAGAGGAGUCAACGGUACGACCUGAGUGAAGUCUCUGAAGUGGACGACGAUGAUGACGUCGAUGAUGCUGAUGAUGAGAUUAUAGAUAUUGUCGGUGAUCACUCUCAUAUGCUAAAUAGCGUACAGCGAAAUUACGAACAACAAAGAUUUUUCUAAUUAAAGCUAAAAACCACUUAUCUAUUAUUAUUAUUAUUAUUAUUAUUAUUAUUAUUAAACUGUGUACAAAACAGUUAGAAACCAAUCGUAUCCAUAUAUAUUUCUUAUAAUAUUUCAAACAUAUACCUAAUUACUAAUUAGGUAGGUAUAUAGAUUAAUUAAUUUAGUUAUAGUUUUAAAUUAUAAAAUAUGUAAUGUAAAAACUAAAAAUAAGAAAAGUUGUCUGACAAAUAAGAAAACAAAUAUUAUGUUAUCUUUGGCGUUACACACUUCCAAUAAAAUUGUUUGUCUUCCAAUUUUUUUAUCUGUCGCUAUAUUUUAAGUAAACAAACAUUAUAUUUGAAUAGCUCAAAUGUAUAAUAAAUUUAUAUUAGGGAUUAAUUAUUAUAAUUUAUAAUGAUAAAUAUAAUUUUAAGCAAAUAACCGGCAAUACAUAAAUGUAUGUUUUAAAUAAUUUAUUCUAAUGCAUUAUUAUAAUUUGUACAAUUGAAAAUUGUAUAAUAUCAUUUAAUAUUUAAAUUAUUGAUAAUUCGGGUAAGUAGGUACUCGUACUCGUUAAUAUAAUACAAUUAAGUAAGAAGUGUGAAAAUUAAUUUCAAAAACUGGUCAGUUAUUUUAAUAUUAAACAAAAUAUUUUAUUUAUUAAUUAUUAUUCUGUCUAUCAGGUGCAAACGCAGGGCCCCCCAGUCGAAAUAUCAGGAACAAAAUUAAAUUACUUGACCUACAAAUUAAUAAUAUAUUAAUAUGAUAUUUAUGAACAUUUUUUCAAACCCUACCCCCACCACCGAAAUGUUUUCCUGUGUUCGCGCCUGCUGUCUAUAGUAGGUAUACAUUUAAAAAUAAUUCAUAAAAAUAGAUAAUGUAUUAAAAUAUGAUUUAUACACAUAAUUACCUACCAACACCCGUCAUGUAAAUGAUAUUUUUUUUUUAAAUUAAAACGUGAUCUAAAUAAAUAUCUAUAAAAUUAAUAAAAAUACGAAUAUAAUAUA